UAAAAACCAGGUAUAAAUACCUCGGAUUUCCUCUCCGGAAGCACAUAUUUUGUUCAACCACUUUAUUAGAGGAACUGAAAAAAAUCAAGUUCAGGAAAAUGGAUCGGUCAAUGCGACACCUUCUUCUUCUCGGGUGCUUUCUUUUUGUUCUGUUUAUUGUUUCUUCUGAGGCGAAAACUUUUAGAUUGAGAGGGCUGGUUAGAAGUCGGAGAAAUCCAAAUAAAGUUAUACGGAGACAACUAGGAGCUUUAAAUUCACGCAUACUGCUCAGAAGAGGGGGGAAAUUUCGCAUACAAAAAUGCGGUCCCAUCCUGGGCACGGCGUGUGCGGAGUUGGCGAACCACUGCCAUUCGUCAGUUUUAUCAAAACGAAGUAUUACUGAUAAAGAUCAAAAGCCGCAACUACCAGCUUUCCGCAAACGAAUGGCGAAGAAGCUGAAACGAAGCCGUAGGCGAAGGCGAUGUCGCCAAAAGAAGAAUUGCAGGAAACGAAAAACUUUACGCCGGGUGCAGAAACCCAAGCAGCCACUCAAGGUCACAUGCGGAGUCUGCCGGAGUUAUUGCUGGUAAUGCGACCAUGUGUAUUCUCGUCACGUUUCACUGUAUAGCUUCGGGCAGUAAUGAAGAAUUCAUCCUCAUUUGAACCCAACACCCAAGAGCGAAAUUAUUGAAAAGACUCUUAAAAGUCGAUGCAGUUCUGUCUUUGCGCCCGUUGUGUUGUGUUUUCAUAUUAAUUAUGCUGUUACCUCAUUAAUUUAUUUGUCGUUUUCCGUUCUCACCUGUCAUCGACUUUAUAUGAAUGUAAUAUAAUGAAUGAAUGAAUGAAUGAUACAACAU